AGUUAGCAGCGGCUUUACUAUUCACACCACCUUGCCGUCAUAUCUAUCAGCUCCGUCAUCACCGUAUUCAUAGCCAUUUUUUUUUGUUUUUGUAAGAGAUCACAAAGACGCACAGUUCUCCCCACAUCAGUGGAGAACUGUUUUCUUCUACGCUUCUCCUUCUUCUUCCUUGUCAUUGUCGUCUCCUUCUUCGUUAUUUUUCUUUUUCCUUCUCUUCUGCGCAGGCGACUAAGGAAUUCCGUCUGAAGAGACAAGUCUUGUUUUGUAGCCAGAACGGUAAUAUCCGGGAAACCUCCUCGAUAAAGGCGAACUCGUCCAGAGCGCGGUUUCCUAGUAACAACAAAAUAGAUAUAUAUAUAUAAGGAAGUAAAAGGGAAAGAGGCGACGUCGUUGUCGAAGUCUCUCCACUUCUCAAGUGUGUCUGUUUUGUGUUGCUGUCUUCUCCGCUUGUCAUUUAUUGCGACAGAAGGGAGAGAGCGUAAGCGAAAAGAAGUCGUUGCGCAGCAGCAGCAGCAGCGACGACGCAGUUAUUAUUGCUUUUAAUAUUUUGUUUUGUUUUUCUCAGAGAACGUGAUUGCACGGCUGGCUCCAUCGGACACUAAAAGAAACGGAGUUCACCCGAGGUGCGUGAGGACCGGCGCAUCUGCUUCUUUUAUUUCUCUUCGGAGAGAAGAUUUACGGCUUACACGCGCGUCGCGUCGGCGGGGAGAGGCGGGCGAGAGAGGUAGAAGUCGACGACGUCGUCACGCUCUCGCGCACCUGUGCCUGUUCCGUGCGCCACAAGCAGCAGAAAAAGGAGAAAAGGAAACAUUCGCCGGUGCUGCAUCGCGCGUUCGCAACUACACGUUUUGUUUCUAUUGUGGGUGCCCGUAGCUUCUUCUUUUUUUUUCUUUUGAGAAGACGACUUCUCUCUCACUGUUGGUGUUUAUGCAGGCGUAUGUCUACCGAGCUGAAGAAAGAAGCAGGGACACGUACGCGCAGCACACACACACACACACACACACACACGCUCUCCCAACGGUGUUUACAGCAGCAGCACAUAGUUUCUAUUCCGUAUCGCUGCAAGGGUAAACAUCACGGGAAAAGGGGGGAAAGAAAAGCCAAGCGAGGAGACAGAGCGAAAACAGAGGUCUCGCUGCUCCUUUUUUUUUAUGUUAGCUUCUUCAUUCGCUUCGCGUCAAUUCUGUUACUGGUUUUCCUGUUUGUUUGUUUGGUCGUUGGAGCUCCACGCUCGUGUUGUCGGCUGCCCCAGCAGUUUGCCAUUGGCUUCCCGCGCAGCCCCUCCUUUUAUGACUCUUACUAUUUAAUAUUACAUACAGCGCCGAGCCGGUUUCUUCCUCUUCUUUCUCUUUCUGUUAAUUGUGCUUCGAUAGGAAACGAGGAGGCGAAAGGGAAAAUAGUAAUAUAAGGACAGUACACCACGGUAUAUAUUUCUUACUGCACUUCGCUUUCCUCGUCUUCUUCUUCUUUUUAUAGUUUCUUCUUCGAAUUUUUUUUUCUGCUGCUGCGUGAGGUGGAACGCCAACAAGAACGAUAGCAAACCAAAUACCAUUUAUUUUGGUGUUAGUUCAUCACUCCUGUACACUAGACACGUUCGCCCACGCCACGACUACCUACCCUAUCUUUCAUUUGUAUUUUUUUUUUUUUUACUUCUGGUGUUGGUGCUGCAGUUGGACUCGCCGGUUUUCUUUUCAUCUUCUUUGAAGCGUGGAGGCGGACGAGACGUUUCGUUCUCUCUCUCUCUCUCUUUUCUUGUAACCCACAGUUUUUAUUGUUUGUCUUCUCAGGACGCAGCGCGCACGUCGCAAAAGUCUGUCAGCGAGAGUCGCUACGAUUGAAGCCGCACAAAGUGGGGUAAGGCGUUUUUUGUGGCGCCGACACGCACACACACACACACACCAAGGAGAAAGAAAGGAAGAUAAUAGUCCACCGUGACUAUUUCGGUUUUGGUAAGACGAACAAACAUUCAAGGAGAGUGGAAAAAAAACAUUUCUCAUUGAUCACGGUAAAACAGCCUUCGUAUUCUUUUCUUUCUGUAUAGCUGAAGCUGCGCCAUUUGCGCUCAAGCCUUCGUGACGUGUUUGCAGAUCCACACACCACCACUUCUUAUUAGUACUAUAUAUAUAUAUUGUUGUUGUUAUUCUUGUUUUCCACUUCAACGAAAGCAAAGGCCUCCACAACAUGCUGCCGUACACGCUGCGUCAGCUGGUGUGGAUGCUCACCAGCGCGCUGCAGCUCAUCUACGCCCUCAGCACCGGCGUGGUGUGGGUGGCGCAGAUGCUGCGCCUCUUCGCCUACGGCGCGUGUGUCGGGGUCUGCUUCAUCCCGCACUGGUGGUGGUACCUGACCUCUCCCAACAUCAUCCGACGCGUCUCGUACCGCUCCUCUGACACGACGAAGAAGCGCAACAUACUCCGUGUGUUGGAGGCGGAGGGCGUCGACCUGCACGAGGUGCUGCGGAAGGGCGCCUCGCCACCACCACUGCAGCAGCAGCCGUCGUCGUCGUAUUCGCUGCCGUUAGGUGGUGGUGGUGUACGUCGCCGGCGCGUGUUGGCAGGUCCGCGCAACGGCAGCGGCGGCACCAGCAGCAGACUGGUCGUGCACGAUGAAAGCGCCGGCGGCGAUGGCGGCGGAGGUGGGCCGCUUCCGCACUAUCGCCGCCCGGCGUCCGAUGCCGCGACGGUAUCCAGCUUCCGACGCGGCCCUUGGAGCCGUGAGGAGAUGGACGAGGGCGCCGCCCGCUACUACCACGGCAGCGGUGGCGGUAAGGUGAUGGAGGCGACGCUCGCCUAUCCGCACAGCGCCAUCGUCGGCGGCGGUGGCGGCAGCGCGGCCAUCACCUACCCGCGUGGCCACUCCCCUUCCGGAGACGGCACCGACGCAGGUGGGAACGCGGAAGAGCGGGGGGAGGUGCAAGCGAACUUCGACCCCCUCUCCUCCCCCCACGAGCAGCACAGCCUCCCUCCCCGCCGCAGCCGUCGCGCACCACCGCCACGACCACAGACCACAAGCGGACUCUUCGCGGGCGCCGCGCCGCGACGUCGUCGGAUUGCGCGUGCCGCCAGCGAGGUUCAGGGCGCCUCCACCGCACUGGGGCGGUUAAUGGAGGCAGCGCCGGUGCACCUCAACCCCGCUGACGGGUCCGCCCUGCGCAGCUUCCCCGCUCCGCGCUCGCAGGCGAGGGACGACGUGCGUGUGGUGCCGCGCCGACCGCAGCUCCUCUCGCUCAGCCCCCACCGCACACCCCCGCGGGCCGCCCCGCACAGCAAAGCGACAGCGCUGGAAAAGGGAGAGAUCGUACCGGUAAAGCAGAGCUCCUCCUCCAGCUGCGACAUGACGGUGAAUAGGCCUGAGAACAGCAGCGGCGACGACGACCGCGGCGUGGGCAGCAGAGCGGCGAGGGGGGAAGCGCAGCCGUCGUGCACACCGCAGCUGCGCAGCUGCACGGCCACCGCGGCCGCAGCGGACGCGAUCGAGGAAACAGACGCCUCGUCGCGGACGCCUCUCUACGAGGGCCGGCCCGUGUACUACGAAGCGCUGCCGCCGGUGGGGGUACCGAACGACCCCCUCUUGAAGGACGUGUUGGCUGCGCUACACGAGGGCGAGGCGGCGGGGGCUGAACGGCUGGCGGAAGCGCCGUCGGUCGAGGCGGAGGAGCUCCGGCCACGUGCGGAACUCCACGAGGAAGGGCCGUGGCAGUCGUUGCCAGCUGCGCGCAGUCGCAGCGACGACGGAGACGCCGAGAACAGCGGCGGUAACGGUGAUGGCGGGCCGGGCCGACCGCUGCGCCGCAGCCGGCAACGACGCCUCGCCUCGCCGCAGCACCCCCGCACCUUUUCCGAAGAAAACAUCCUCGCCGGGCUGGACGAGGAGGACGAGGAGGACCGCAUGAAUCUGCACAACCGCGCCACCGUGGACAUCGUCCUGCCUGUCCCGCUGGACUCUCUCAUGAAGACGCUCGAGUACACGCAGCACAGCAAGCGCCUCCGUCGCAAGCGCUUCCCGGUUGUGAUCGACGUGACGGGUGCGGUGUGGAUCAUCGGCAGUCACCUCUGGAGCACCAUGAUGGCCCGCGUGCUUGCGCAGCGCGGCUACGUCGUCUUCUGCCCCGACUACCGCAACUUCCCGCAGACGACGAUGGAGGGCAUGACGCUCGACGUGUCGGAUGCCAUCGCGUGGGUGCUGAACAACGCGGAUCGCUACAACGGCGACCUGAGCAACGUGACGCUGAUUGGGCAGUCCGCCGGUGCGCACCUGACGAUGAUGUCGCUCCUUUCUCAGGCGCAGCUCUCCGCGUAUCGCAAUAACACGCUGCGUGGGACGUACGAGAGCGUGCCGCCGCCGUCCGAUGUCGCCUACAACGUCCCGCGCUACAACCCGCGCGAGUCGAUUCACCGCUACGUCGGCCUCAGCGGGAUGUACAACGUCGAAGGCCUCGUGGACCACUUCCAGCACGAAGGCCUCAACACACCGGUGCUGCACCAGAUCGCGGGGGGCCGCGAUCAGCUCGCGCGCUACUCCAUUCACGCCUACUUCGACGACCGCCGCGGCGGCGACACGGGGGAGGUGCUGCCGGACAACGUCUUCGACUACUUCCCGCAGCGCAUGUUCUUCGUGCACGGCGACGCCGACAAGUGUGCCCCCGUGACGGAGAGCGCGUCGUUGGUCGCGAUGCUGCGUGGUGCGCAGGCGCGUUACGCGGUGCGCCGCAGUGAGCGCAAUGCCGAAGCGCGCCGACACGCUCUGCGCAGCCGUCGACUUCUGCCCGGCGUCAGCGACGACGGUGCGCCAGCCACCUACAGCACGGUGCACCGCGGGGCAAACGUGCCGUCGUCGUGGACGCAGCGAAACGCGGGGAAAGAGGCGGAAGACUUCGAGCGCAGCGGCAAUACCUCGCCAACACGCAACGCCCAACAUCCGCCUCAUCGCGUCGGUGCAGGUGCGGCGCACGCCGGCGCGGUGGAGCCGGCUGACGCAUCGGCUGGGCAGUCUAAUGUGUUAAACGAUGGCGGUGGCGGUGGCGGGGGUAGUGGUCCUCGUCGCCGCGCGGGCAACACCGAUCGGAGCGGGUCGGUGCCGCUCCUUUCGCAGCAGCAGCCCACCGUGGCGCGCCCUUUUGCGCGGCCCUCCCGCCACGACGAACCGAAGUCGCCGGUGGAGCUAGAGUUCAUCGUCAUUCCGAACGGGCGACACUCGGACGCCUUUGUGGAUGAGUGCAUCGCAGCCGGCCGCAGCUGCUGCGUGGACCUCCUGUGUGACUACGAGUCCGCGGUGGACUUCCCCACGAGUUCCUGCGCUGCGUCGCUCGCGAACGGGAUCGACGGGGACUCGCUCUGCGGCUCGCCGGGGGCAACGUCGUCGUCGGCGCAGCGGGUGGAGCACGUUCCCGCCUGGAUGGCGCAAUCAUCGGAGGCGUGUGCGAUGCCGGACGGUAUUCUGCCAUUGGCAGUCCCGACGGAAGAACGCUCGCUGCCUCUGCGGCUGUGUACACUGAUCUGCCCUUUUUAG